AUGUUUUCUCAUCGCAUUCUCACGCAACAGGUACGUCCCGAGUAUUUUGAUCUAGAGGUGGCGACAUAUUUUCUUAUAUAUCAAGAAUAUUCGAUGGGUGACGUCACGCGCGACGGCAUUUAUCGCUUUCGCCACCAGAGGACGCUGCGUGCGCAGCUCCCUCCCACCUCGGAGGAUCGGUUUGUGGCGCUGUCGGUAGUAAGCAGCAUGUCCAGUCAUUGUGGCGGUGACAUGAUGGUUCCGGGCGAAAGUUGUUUCAGCCUCAGCUUUACCGACUCACCUCCGUCAGGUAGCGGCAGUAGGUCGAAGACCCCCCUCCAGUCAGGAAUAAUACCACAACCACAGCAAUCUCAGCAGCAGACCCCGAAGUCGAAUACCCCGGCGUCAAGCAACGGAGACGGCCCGUCAAUGUCCCCCGGUUCCGCCGGCAUUACCAUCGUCAAUCCGGUGUCUCCUAGCAACUUUACCAACGGCCAGGGGACCGACGGCAAGCUUCGUCCGUUGUUGCCCAACGGUAAGAAGACGAAAGGCCGCGUGAAGAUUAAAAUGGAGUUCAUCGACAACAAACUUCGGCGGUACACGACGUUCAGCAAGCGCAAAACCGGCAUCAUGAAGAAGGCGUACGAGCUGUCAACGUUGACCGGCACUCAGGUGAUGCUGCUGGUGGCGUCGGAGACCGGCCACGUGUACACGUUCGCCACCAAGAAGCUGCAACCGAUGAUCACCAGCGAGGCGGGCAAGGCGUUGAUACAGAAAUGUCUUAAUGCUCCCGACGGAACCGACGGCGAAGGGUCUCCAAUGGACUCGUCGGUCGGCCACGUCAUUUCGACCAUUUUUACACCCGGCGCAAGUGGUGGUGGUGGAGGUGGAGGUGGCGGCGGCGUGACCAGUGGCUCGAACGCGUCGACCGGCCAGGGUUCAGGUCCCAAGUCUAAGUCUGGUCGCCAAACGUCGUCGUCGUCGGCCAACCAUCGCACCUCUGCAGACUCUGUCACCAAGGUAAGAAUGGCAGCAUAA